AUGCUAAAGCGAUAUGGUGACUAUAAGGCUGUUGAAGGGCGUAUCCAAGAGGCCCUCAAAGCGCUAGAGUCCUCUCCUAAGACCUCUUUAGCAGUUUUGGCGCGUCAAUUUGAUGUGCCGUACUACCGUCUAUACCGACGCGCUCGAGGCGCACAAUCUAAAUCUAGUAGGCCAGCACCUAAUAUACGCCUUAACGCGGCUCAGGAUCUAGCCCUGAAGGCCUAUAUCGAUCGCUGCGAUCAGCUAGGCAUGCCUGCCCUCGUUCCUCAGCUUGUCGGCGCAGCGCAACGCAUCCUCGAUCUCGAACACCCUAGCGGACAGGCGCCUGCGCUGGGCAAGGACUGGGUAGCGCGCUGGCUCAAGGCUAAUCCUGACUGCCGGAGAAAGAAACAAAGACAGCAGGAGCUUAAUCGUAUCGCGUUAAAUACUGUCGAGGCGUAUACAGCUCACUUUGACGCUCUAAGAAAGGUCCUCGACAAGUACGUAAUACAGCCAUAG